CUUUGAAGCUCUUACAACUUAUUUUUCCCUUUUCUGUCUUUUUAAAUUUUUAAUUAGGACUGAAAUAUAACACAUAUACUGUAACAUAUAUAAUUUUAGUGUAACAGCUUGGUAAACUUUCACAUACAUAUUUUUCCAUAUGUGUAUACCCCUGUACCCACAACCCAGAUGAAGAUACAGUAAAUUUCCAGCACCCUGGAAGGCUCCUAUGUGCCCCUUUUUAGUCUGUGUCCCCCCAGAGGUAACCAGUCUUCUGAUUUCUAUCACCCUAGGCUAGUUUCCGUCCAAGACAGAAGUUCAGCCAGAAUGCUCCCUAGAAGUGAGGAUGGUGAGAUUUUGUAUCAUAUACUUUGGACAUAUUACCAAUGUAGGUAAGUCCCUGGAGAAGGACAUCAUGCUUGGUAAAAUAGAGGGUCAGCAAAAAAGAGGAAGACCUUCAAUGAAAUGAAUUGACACAGUGGCUGCAACAGUGGGCUCAAACAUGGCAAUGAUGGUUAGGAUAUCACAGGACUGGGCAGCGCUUUGUUGUGUUGUACAUAGGGUUGCUAUGAGUUGGAACCAACUCAACAGUACCUAACAAUGACAGGCUAGUUUUGUGUGCUUUUUAGCUGAUAUAAAUAGAAUCAUACAAUAUGUACUCCUAGGUCUUACUUCAUUCAUUGACCAUUAUGUCUGUGAGAUUCAUCCAUUUUGUUAUGUUCAGUUCAUUAUUUUUAUAGCCUUUUUAGAUAGGCUAAUUGGGUAUGUAGAAGGGGCUGGCAACAGUGGAGGUAUUAGUUAGGCAGUGUGAGUAUACAUAAUGAGAAGGUUGAGUGAUUUCUGCCAUUUGGUGCAUUGUAUUAUAAGGACAACUUUGGUGCCUAGUUCAGUUGUCUCUACCUCUACUUCCCCAUUACCAUUCUAAAACCCUGUUCUAAUAUUUCUGACCUUUUUCAUUUAUUCAGAAAUUAUUGAGGAUUUCUUAUGGGCUAGGCACUGUGGGAAAAAAGAUUUUAAAAAGACAGCUUUUACACCGAAGUAGUUCUCUUUCUACUAGAGGAGAUAAGCUUGUACACAGAUUAGAGGAAUGUUGUGUGAUAGUGGUGGAAAAUGUAUUAGUUAUGAUGGUGGUAAGUGGAAGAAGUGGUCAACUCUGUGAAUGUAGGUCUGGAAAGCUACAGAGAAGAGUUGCUUGAGCUGGCUCUACACAGUGAAUAUUUGUCCUGAUCUAUACUGCUAACUCUUUCCUUCAAACUCUUAUAGCACUCUAUCUGUACCUCUUUUAUGAAAGAUACUACCGUCACUUUGUGUCAUGUCUAAUUUCCUCUACUAUGCCAGCCACUAAGCUAAUUAACGAAACAUGUUAAGGAAGUACAGUCACACUUCCGUAAUGCAUAAUUGCCUUUAAUUCUACAAAAUAGUUUAAUGUUUUAUCUCAUACUGUGAUCCUGUUAAUCCUUUGUUAUUCCUCCUUCUCUACUCUGGUGAAGUAUCCCAGGGUUCAGUCCUGGCCUUCUUUUUUCUGUCCUUUCUUCCUGGGUGAUCUCGUCCAGUCCCAUAGCUUCAAAUACCACCUAUGUGCUGAUGAAGACCAAAUUUCUAUCUCUAGCUUUGAGCACCUGACUGAACUCCACAUUUAUAUACCCUAAUGCCUACAUGACAUUGGCACUUGUGUGUCCAAGAGGUAUUUCACGUAUCUAAGCGAUAACACACGUAUCUAAAACAGAACAGCUGAUUUUACCUUAAAAUCGGUUCUCUUGGUGUCAGUAGGGUUGGUGUCACGCAGUGUAGUAAUGCAUGGUGUUACCCCGCCAUGGACCUCCUCCCAUACCAGAACAUACAGAACCCUUAGCAAUGUUUAUUAUCAAUUUUAAUCAUAGAAUAAUAUGUGAUAAAUAUAGUUUUAAAUUGUUUACAUGUAAUAUUUCUUAGAUUAUAUGAGUACUAAAAACAAAACCGUUUUGUAAAAUCUUUCUACAUUGAAUUAUUACAUUAUUAGUAACUGAGCAGAAGCCUAUUUUGAUUUUUCUCCUUUUCCUUUUACAGCUACUUCAUUCUCAAAAAAGUUAUUGAUAUAGUUCCUGAAAUACUAAUUACCACAACAUUGUAGCUAAAACACCAGAAAAUUUGACAAAGUCAGUGACUAUAAAAAUGCUGGCAGCAAUGAAAACAACAGUGGGUACUUGUAGCGCUUGCAGACAAAACUCCGUGAUUCCAAGUGUCACCGUAGUUGGGUAAUAAUGACUGCUCUGACUGGAGCACAUUAGAAGGUUCAAAAAAUAAAUGAGCGUAGAGUUUUAGCCUUGCAGGUAUAUUAAUACGUGUAAGCUGGGAUGACGAAAAUGUUUUUGUUCUUAUAACUAGCCACAGGGAUAUUUUUAUAAAAAGUAAUAAAUUUCUGCUGAAACACUGCACAAAGAUUUUAUACACAGCCAUUUUGGUGUCACCUCCUCUGACAGUGUCACCUGGUGUGGUCCACAGCCCUAGCCGCCCCCGUCCCCUCCCAGUGACCCCACUGCUCUCAGCCCACCACCUUCACUCUCUGGUGACAGUGGUGUAUAUAUCUAGGUGGGGCAUUAAGGAAACAAAUUGUAGAGAAUUUAAAAAGUGCACAGGAGCCCUCAGACCCCAUAACUGUGACUGAAACUGCCAUGUGAAAAGGCGAUGGGACCACCAAGAUGACUGAACUAGGCCAACUGCAGGGAGAAGAGCCAAAAAGCCCCCACAGGAGAGCAAAAACAAACUGCUACGUGCAGGCCAAUAAGGCCAGGCAAGGCUACAACAGUAAAAUUCUCAUAACACCUGGGAGUGCAAAAAAAAAACUUCCCACGUAUGGGGUUGUCUUCAGCUGAGACCCAGCAACAUUCCAAAGGGCUCCGGUGACCUCUGCCACCAUCUGUUGAGACUGAUGAAGAGAAAGUCUCAAAAACUAUUAAGUGACAGGCUGUUAAGAGAUUUGUAAAGGCAAUGACUACGUAUUUUAAAACUUCAAGCCAAAAGGAUAACUUUUCUAUUUUAUGACUGGAAUACGAUUAUGCUUUUAGAUUGGCUAAAACCCCAGAUAUAUAGAUGGUAUAUAAAAGAGGAGCACUGUUGCUAAAAGGGUGCCCUUGUGGUACAGUGGUUAAGCACUACGACUGCUAACAAAAAUGUUGGCAGUUUGAUUCCACAAGCCACUCCUUGAAACCCUAUGGAGCAGUUCUACUCCGUUUUAUAGGGUUGCUAUGAGUCAGUAUCAACUUGACAGCAGUGGGUUUGGUUUUGGUUUGGUUGCUAAAAGAGAAGAAAAAUGACAUGGUAUUUGGUUUUGUUUGCUAAAUCCUGUCGUUUGGUGUAAACUUGCCUGUGAUCCCCAGCAUAGAGAUGUUGUAGAUACUACUGAUUGCGGUGGGGGGGGGGGGUCCAGUUGAUCAAGAUGGAGGGGAUAUUAAUGUCCUAUUGAAUAAUACGAAUCCUGGUGGUCAUACAGUGUAUUUAUUUGCCUUGUUUCGGUAUUAAAGAUUUCCCAUGUUUGGAGUUAACUUCAGCCAUGGCCCAGCAACAUUCCAAAGGGCUCAAGUGUCCUCUGCUGCCAUCUAUUGAGACUGAUAAAAAGAGAGGCUCAUCGUGGGGGUGGACUAUGGGCGAAAGUUAAUAAAACCCUUUCUCCUGCUGUAAGAAACCUGCUCUCCUGGAAGUCCUUGAUAAGGUGGUAUAUGUCAACAACAUUAUUAAACAAUAUUGCUUCCAGUAAAAUUACCCCUGAUUUUUCAGUUAUCUGGACUGGGGGAACUGUAAAUACCUGAUGUGGACACUGCACUUCACUUCCCAAUGACUGCUAUCACUGGCAUCUGUGGUGACCCUGAUGGCUGUGUCUCUAAGAUUGUUAUAAGAGCUACCGGCUCCUGUGAAGCAUAGGGCUUCUAGCCAAGGUGGCUCCUGCACACACCAUACCAAUCUCGUCUUGCAUCUGAGCUGUACCACCUGGGGAGAAGAUAGCUUUUGGUUGGGGAUGUGAGUUGUCAUUUAUAUGUUGUCAUUGCUAGUUGCUGUUGAGUCAACUCUUUGACUUACAGCGACCUUAUGCAUAACAGAAUGGAACAUUGCCUGGCCCUGCACCAUCCUCAUGGUCGUUGGUAUGUUUAAGUCCAUUGCUGUGGCUACUGUGUCAGUCCAUCCCAUUGAGGGAUUCCCUCCUUUUUUCUGACCCUCUACUUUACCAAACAGGAUAUCCUUUUCUAGCGAUUGGUCUUUCCUGAUAACGUGUCCAAAGGAAGUGAACUGAAGUCUUGCCACCCUCACUUCUAAGGAGGAUUCUGGCUGUAUGUCUCCUGAGACUGAUUUGUUUGUUCUUCUGGCAGUCCACACAGGGACGGAUUACCUAAUAAGCAAGGUGAUCAUAAUAAUGCCUUUCUAUGACUGCUAUGAGCCCAUGGUGAGAAUGGCUGGAGCAACGCCUGUUUUUAUUCCCCUCCGAUCUAAACCUGUUCCUGGAAGACAGUGGUCUAGCUCUGACUGGACAUUAGAUCCGCAAGAACUGGCAAGUAAAUUUAGUUCCAAAACCAAAGCUAUUAUACUAAAUACUCCACAUAACCCCACUGGCAAGGUGUAUACUAAAGAGGAACUCCAAGUAAUUGCUGACCUUUGCAUCAAACAUGAUACGCUCUGUAUCAGUGAUGAGGUUUAUGAAUGGCUUGUAUAUACUGGAAAUAAGCAUGUUAAAAUAGCCACUUUUCCAGGCAUGUGGGAAAGAACAAUAACAAUAGGAAGUGCUGGAAAGACUUUCAGUGUAACUGGCUGGAAGAUUGGCUGGUCCAUUGGUCCCAGUUAUUUGAUAAAACAUUUACAGACAGUUCAACAAAAUACCCUCUAUACUUGUGCAACUCCAUUACAGGAAGCCUUGGCUCAAGCUUUUUGGAUCGACAUCAAGCGCAUGGGUGACCCAGAGUGUUACUUCAAUUCUUUGCCAAAAGAAUUAGAAGCAAAAAGAGAUCGGAUGGUCCGUUUACUUGGAAGUGUUGGGCUAAGACCCAUUGUGCCUGAUGGGGGAUACUUCAUCAUUGCUGAUGUGUCAUUGCUAGAUGCAGAUCUCUCUGAGAUGAACAACAAUGAACCUUAUGACUAUAAGUUUGUGAAAUGGAUGACUAAAAAUAAGAAACUAUCAGCCAUUCCUGUUUCAGCAUUCUGUAACUCAGAGGCUAAAUUACAGUUUGAGAAAUUUGUGCGAUUUUGCUUCAUUAAAAAAGAUAGUACACUGGAUGCUGCUGAAGAAAUCAUCAAGGCAUGGAAAAACCAGAAGCCUUGACGUACGCAGACUACAUUUAAUUUUUAUAUUAGAUGACUUAUGUGGAAUUGUUCUUUAGUGCUGCCAUCUGCUGGAUAUUGAAAAACAAAUAUUUCAGUACAAAUUUAAAGAAAUUUUCCGUUGUUUGUCCAAAGAAGUUAAUCCUGCUCCUAACAAUAUUCAGGGGACCUGAAUUUUUUGUUGUUGUUGUUUGAAAUGUAUUUAAACACCUUCCAUUACCAUUUUUAUGAGAGUCAGUACAAAAAAAAGAAACUCAGUGCCAUCAAGUUGAUUCCAACUCAUAGUGACCGUAUAGCAUAGAGGAUAAGAACUUUGAGGUGCUGGUUGAUCUUCUGUGCUUCAUUUUCCUCAUCAUGAAAGGAGCAUAAAAAUAGCACCAACUUCAUGUGGUUGUUCGUGAGUAUUAAAUGGACUAAUAUAUGUAAAACCUGCAAUAAUAAACACUCAAUUUAAUGUUA